UAUAUUUACUCCGAUCACGACGCCAAGCGAUCGACCAUCCGGACUUAUCUACAUGGACUUUAAUCAGUGGCUCUAUAUUUUGCGAUGUUCAAGAAAAUUGGUACAGCGUUAUCAGACCGAGCUACAGAUUCAAAUUCAGCCCAAAUGUAUUUCAUUCAAAUGUGUUUACCUGAAUUUUGUGAAAGCAUCCUGUGAGCUUCAAAAUCACGCGCCCUCCAUUACCAUCCCACAAUUCCACCGCCACUCCCUCUCCACUCCGCGAAGAGAUCAAGGUAUAAGGCUGUGACACAACAGUUCGCUAUCCGCAAUGGCUGCAGCAGCUGGUUUUCGGCUACAGCUUGGAAAUUUAGCACUUGCAGGAGGUUCACCAAAGGAUCAAGCGGACAGGUACCGAGCAGUCCUUGAGAGCAUAUUGAAGUCAACAGAUGACGAUUUAAUCGAAGGCUUGAAGAUAUUUGUUGAAGCAAUUGUCAACGAGAAUGUGAGCCUGGUAAUAUCCCGUCAACUCCUAACCGAUGUGGGCACACAUUUGACUAGCUUACCCGACGACGUGUCCAAGGCUGUUUCCCACUACACACUUGACAGAGUACAGCCCCGUGUUGUGUCUUUCGAGGAACAGGUUGCCAGCAUUAGACAGCACCUUGCUGACAUUUACAUGAAAAAUCAGAAUUGGAGAGAUGCUGCAAACGUACUUGUUGGCAUUCCCUUAGAAACCGGCCAGAGGCAGUAUUCUGUUGACUACAAGCUGGAGACCUACCUAAAGAUAGCAAGGCUGUAUCUUGAAGAUGAAGAUCCAGUACAAGCUGAGGCCUACAUAAAUCGAGCAUCCCUGCUUCAGGCAGAAACCAAGAAUGAGCAGCUCCACAUUUACUACAAGGUCUGCUAUGCCCGAGUGCUGGACUACAGGCGAAAAUUUAUAGAGGCUGCACAGAGGUACAAUGAGCUGUCUUACAAAUCUAUCAUCCAUGAAGACGAGCGCAUGACAGCCCUGAGGAACGCACUCAUAUGCACCAUCCUUGCUUCUGCAGGUCAGCAGAGGUCACGUAUGUUGGCCACACUUUUCAAGGAUGAAAGAUGCCAGCAACUCCCUGCUUACAACAUACUGGAAAAGAUGUAUCUGGACAGAAUUAUAAGAAAAAGUGAGCUGGAUGAUUUUUCUGCACUUCUUCAGUCCCACCAGAAAGCCACAACUGCUGAUGGUUCCACAAUUCUGGACAGAGCAGUGGUUGAACACAAUCUACUUUCUGCUAGUAAGCUCUACAAUAAUAUCACGUUAGAGGGACUCGGGGCCCUUUUGGAAAUUCCACCGGCAAAGGCAGAGAAGAUAGCAUCACAAAUGAUCACGGAGGGACGGAUGAACGGCUAUAUUGAUCAGAUCGAUUCCAUCGUGCACUUCGAAAGUCGAGAAAUCCUCCCAACAUGGAAUCAACAAAUCCAGAGCUUGUGCUUCCAGGUGAACAUCAUCAUAGAAAAAAUAACUGCCUGUGCUCCGGAAUGGAUGGCUCAAGCUUUGGAAGACCAAAUGGCAACUUGACAUUGUCUUUUGUGUGUUUCUAAAUAAAUGAGUUUAUUGGA